AUGCCGCCCGGCGCGCCAGCAGUAUCGAAAUGUCCGCUCCGGACCAUCAAGGAGAUCCAGUUCGGGCUGCUCUCCCCCGAGGAGAUCAAAGCCAUGAGCGUCGUCCAUAUCAUCUACCCCGAGACCAUGGACGAGGACAACAAGAAGCCCCGUGAGCAGGGCCUCAACGACCCCAAGCUCGGCACCAUCGACCGCAUGUACUCGUGUGCGACGUGCAAGGAAGACAUCCAGGUCUGCCCUGGGCAUUUUGGCCACAUCGAGCUGGCCACUCCCGUCUUUCAUGUCGGUUUUGUGGUCAAGAUCAAGAAGAUUCUUGAGACGGUGUGCCACAGCUGUGGCUUGAUCCUCGCUGACACCAACCACCCAGAUUGGGAUAUGGCUAUGAAGACCAAGGAUGCGAAGCGGCGAUUUGACAAGAUCUGGCGCAUGUCGCGCACACGGCGAACGUGCGAACAGGACACCACUGACGAUGACCCGAAGAAGCCUCGCCGCCCCCAUGGCGGCUGUGGCAAUCCGCAGCCCGAUACUAUCCGCAAGGAAGGCCUCAAGCUCACCGGCACAUGGAAGGAGAAGAAGAAGGACGAGGAAGAGAGCCAGGGCGACCGCAAGGAGGUCAUUACCCCGCAGACGGCCCUCAACAUCUUCAAGCUGCUCAACGAUGAUACGCUGCAAACACUCGGCCUGAACAAGGACUACGCCCGCCCAGAGUGGAUGAUCCUCACCGUUCUGCCUGUCCCCCCGCCCCCAGUCCGUCCCAGUAUCUCAGUCGAUGGUACCGGACAGGGCAUGCGUGGUGAAGAUGAUUUGACCUACAAGCUGGGCGAUAUCAUCCGCGCCAACAGUCGUGUCCUGCAAUGUAUCCAGGACGGUUCACCGCAGCACGUUCUCACCGAGUUCGACACGCUGCUUCAGUACCACUGCGCAACGUACAUGGACAACGACGCAAAUGGUGUCCCACAGGCUAUGCAGAAGUCCGGCCGUCCGCUAAAGACCAUUCGUGGUCGCCUAAAGGGCAAGGAGGGUCGUCUUCGAGGUAACUUGAUGGGCAAGCGUGUUGACUUCUCUGCUCGUACUGUCAUCACAGGUGACCCCAACUUGUCGCUGGAUCAGGUCGGUGUGCCGCGCUCGAUUGCUCGCACACUCACCUACCCCGAGGUCGUUACCAAGUUCAACAUCAGCAAGCUGACUGCACUCGUCCGAAACGGUCCCAAUCAGCAUCCUGGUGCCAACUAUGUCAUCAAGGCAGACGGUGUACGUCUCGAUCUCAAGCACAACAAGAACCUCGACGAUCUGCGACUGCAGUAUGGAUGGAAGGUCGAGCGCCACAUCAACGACGAUGAUGUUAUUAUCUUCAACCGUCAGCCCUCCCUUCACAAGGAAUCUAUGAUGGGUCAUCGCGUCAAGGUCAUGCCUUACUCGACCUUCCGCCUCAACUUGUCGGUCACAUCUCCAUACAACGCCGAUUUCGACGGUGACGAGAUGAACCUCCACGUCCCACAGAGUGAUGAGACCCGAGCUGAGGUCCAGAACCUGUGUAUGGUGCCUAAACAGAUUGUCUCGCCCCAAAAGAACUCGCCGUUGAUGGGUAUUGUGCAGGAUACUCUGUUGGGUGCCUAUAAGAUGACCCGUAAAGACUCUUUCUUGCCCAUCGAACAGGUCAUGAACAUCAUGAUGUGGGUGCCUGACUGGGAUGGCGUUGUCCCCGAGCCUGCAAUCUUGAAGCCCCUCCCGCUGUGGACCGGAAAGCAGAUCAUGAGCAUGGCCAUUGCAAAGGAGGUCAACAUUGUCAGACUUGACGAUAAGUCCAAGCCUGGGCCGUGGAACGACAUCGAAGACAAGAGCUUGAUCAUUAUAGGUGGACAGCUUCUCUUCGGUCAGAUCACGAAGAAGAUUGUCGGUGCGACAGCUGGCGGUGUCAUUCACAUCAUCUUCAACGAGCUUGGGCCCAUGGACGCUGUGGCCUUUUUCAACGCUUGUCAGCGCAUUGUGUGCUACUGGCUGUUGCACCACGGCUUCAGCAUGGGUGUUGGUGACGCCAUUCCUGAUCCCGCGACAUCCAAGAAGAUUGCCGAUUGCAUUGCCAAGUCCAAGCAGGAUGUUGAAGAUAUCAUUCUUGAGGCCACUCAGGACAAGCUUGAACCGCUGCCAGGUAUGACCGUUCGUGGCACCUUCGAGUCGAAGGUUCAGAAAUUCCUGAACGAAGGUCGUGAGGGUGGUGGUACUGCUGCUCAAAACAGUCUGAAGCAUUUUAACAACGUCGUCAACACGGUCAUUUCUGGUUCCAAGGGUUCCACUGUCAACAUCUCGCAGAUGGUGUCUCUUGUCGGUCAACAGGCCGUCGAAGGCCAACGUAUUCCCUUCGGAUUUAAGUACCGAACCUUGCCUCAUUUCACAAAGGACGACUAUUCGCCAGAGUCUCGAGGUUUCGUCGAGAACUCUUACCUUCGCGGUCUUACUCCUUCGGAGUUCUUUUUCCACGCCAUGGCUGGUCGUGAAGGUCUGAUCGAUACCGCUGUCAAGACUGCCGAGACAGGUUACAUCCAGCGUCGUCUCGUCAAAGCGCUCGAAGACGUUAUGGUCAAGUAUGACGGUACUGUGCGUAACUCGAUGGGCGAUAUUGUGGAGUUUGUGUACGGUGAGGAUGGUCUUGAUGGUGCACACAUCGAGAACCAGAAGCUCGACAUCAUCACUUCAUCCGAAGCGAAGUUUGAGAAGCAGUUCAAGCUUGACGUCGUUGCCACAGGAAAGCCUCCUAUUCCGACCAGUCAACUCGAAGUUGCGGUUGAGAUCCAGGGUGAUGUUGAGGUUCAACGGUACCUGGACGAAGAGUUCGAGCAGAUUAAGAUUGACCGCGAGUACCUCCGUGACUUCAUCGAGGACGAUGACAGUCAGCAGUUCCAGCUUCCUCUCAACAUCCAACGUAUGAUCGAGUCAGCGCAAGCACGUUUCGGUAUCAAGCCGCAGCAAGAUCGCAGUAACCUCCACCCCAUCGAGACCAUUACCAAGGUUCGCGAGCUGCUGGAUCGCCUUGUGGUCAUUCGCGGCGAGGACGACAUCUCCAGGGAAGCCCAGGCAAGUGCGACCUACCUGUUCAAGUCGCACCUGCGAUCUCGUCUCGCUUUCAAGCGUCUUGUUGUUGAGUACCGUCUGAACAAGAAAGCUUUGGACUACGUUCUUGGUGAGCUGGAGGAGCGCUUCCUCAAGGCUGCCGUCGCGCCUGGUGAGAUGGUUGGUGUCCUGGCAGCCCAAUCCAUUGGCGAGCCUGCUACCCAGAUGACACUCAACACUUUCCAUUUCGCUGGUGUGUCUUCUAAGAACGUCACACUUGGUGUGCCCCGACUCAAGGAGAUUCUCAACAUCGCGGCGAACAUCAAGACGCCGUCCAUGCUUGUCAGGCAAACGAACAAGGGUGGAGACAUGCAGGCUGCUAUGGAUUUGCGGUCUCGUAUUGAGCUCACGACUCUUCGCUCGCUCACGUACGCUGUGGAGCUCUACUACGAUCCGCAGAUCAAGGAAACACUCAUCGAACAAGACGAAGAUAUGGUCGAGUCCUACUUUGUCUUUGGCGAGGGUGACGAAAACCUCGACCAGCAGUCUAAGUGGCUUCUUCGUAUUGUGUUGGAUCGCAAGAAGCUGCUCGACAGGAGCAUUACCAUCUCCGAAGUUGCUAAUACCAUCAAGGAGGAGUUCAAGCCUAACCUGGCAGUCAUUUUCAGUGAUGAAAACGCCGACGAGCAGAUCAUCCGUGUUCGAUUUAUCUGGGAUGCUUCUCUCGAGAAGAACGAAGACGAUGAAGAUGAGCGUGACGAGCGAUGGAUGCGAAAGCUUGAGAAGCAUCUUCUCGACGACGUUACCCUCCGUGGAGUCCGUGGUAUCGAGCGUGCUUUCAUCCGAGGACUGAUCGUUGUCGUCGAGAACGAGGAUCGUUCUUUGAUUCUGUCAAAGAAUGACAAGCGUUGCAACGAGUGGGUCCUGGAUACCACCGGUUCUGCCUUGGCCGACGUCCUUGCCAUUGAGGGAGUCGACUCCACUCAGACAUACUGCAACUCCUUCAUCGAAAUUCUCGGCGUACUUGGUAUUGAAGCAGCUCGUGCUGGUCUUCUCAAAGAGUUGGGCAUGGUUCUGUCUUUCGAUGGUUCUUACGUCAACCACCGUCAUAUGGCGCUCCUCGUUGAUAUCAUGACGCAGCGUGGUCUGCUGAUGGCUAUCACUCGUCACGGCAUCAACCGUAACGAUACAGGUGCUCUUAUGCGCUGUUCGUUUGAGGAGACUGUCGAAAUUCUUCUUGAGGCUGCCGGCUUCGGUGAACUGGAUGAUUGCCGCGGUGUGUCUGAGAACAUUAUGCUGGGUCAACUGGCACCUAUGGGUACUGGAGAGUUUGACGUUGUCAUGGACAACUCUAUGCUUCUCACCAUGGUCGAGGACAACUCAAGAGUCAUGGGCGGUGCUGCAGCUGCUGGCAACUUCCUCGACAUCGGUGCUAGUACGCCAUACGACCUCGGCUCGCCAACGUACGAGGGCGGCAUGGGUAUGGGCGGUUACGAUGCGUCCUUCUCUCCUCUUGCUGCUGCUGGUGGCGACAAUGUAGGCGGCUUGAGCGAGUACCAGCCCAAUCUCGACAAUGGUGGUUUCAGCCCGUACAUCCCAGGCAGAAGCCCGGGCUACGCUCCAACGUCGCCAGGCUUCUCAGGCGCCAGCCCGACAUCCCCAGGGUACUCACCCACCUCUCCCGGGUACUCGCCCACUUCGCCAGGCAUCAGCAGCCCGCGAUUCGGUGCCACAUCCCCAGGCUAUGCGGCUACCAGCCCCCAGUACUCGCCAACAUCGCCGAGCUACUCUCCAACCUCGCCCGCCUACGGGUCUCCUACUUCGCCCUCAUACUCGCCCACCUCUCCAAGCUACUCGCCGACGUCGCCGUCUUACUCGCCUACGUCGCCAAGCUACAGCCCUACUUCGCCGGCACAUCGUGGUGCGACGUCGCCGCACUACAGCCCGACCUCACCUGCGUAUAGCCCUACGUCGCCAGCUUACAGCCCUACGAGUCCGCAGUUCGGCGCAAACAAUGACAGGCGCUCGCCUGCUUCGCCUACAUCCCCGGCAUACAGCCCUGCCAGCCCACAGUACUCCCCCACAAGCCCCACUGGCAAUGCGGCGUACUCGCCCACGUCACCCAAGUUCUCUCCCACGUCCCCGGGCGCGGCGCCAUACUCGGCAUCUUCGCCAAAGUGGUCGCCGACUAGCCCGUCUUACUCCCCUUCGUAA